UCUCAGGUUAUCCAGCUACCGCACCAGUAUUUCAGAUCGCUGACGCUGUGACGAAGAGGAGCGAUGGUUUCGAAGCGGGCCUUCGUCUGCAGCUUGGGCUCCAUCUACUUGUCCCUGCUCUUUGUUUUCUUACUCAUGGACGUCUAUGCCCGGCCGGCCAACAGCUCCGCCUUGAAAGAGAAAGCAGCUGACAGCAAAGAUGAGAACGAGAUCCUGCCCCCGGACCACUUGAACGGCGUCAAGAUGGAGAUGGAUGGGCAUCUUAACAAAGAGUUUCACCAGGAGGUCUUCUUAGGGAAGGAGAUGGAGGAGUUCGAUGAAGAUUCGGAGCCACGGAGAAACAGGAGGAAACUGAUGGUUAUCUUCUCAAAAGUAGACCAGAACAGAGACAAGAAGAUCAGUGCAAAGGAGAUGCAGCGCUGGAUCAUGGAAAAGACAGAGGAGCACUUCCAGGAGGCGGUGGAAGAGAACAAAAUGCACUUCAGGGCGGUGGAUCCAGAUGGAGACGGUCACGUUUCCUGGGAUGAGUACAAAAUCAAGUUUCUGGCAAGCAAAGGAUUUAACGAGAAGGAGGUGGCAGAAAAGAUCAAGAAUAACGAGGAGCUAAAAAUAGAUGAGGAAACACAGGAAGUCCUGGAUAACUUGAAGGAUCGCUGGUACCAAGCUGACAAUCCACCUACAGACCUCUUGCUGAACGCGGACGAGUUUCUGUCCUUUCUUCACCCAGAGCAUAGCGUAGGGAUGCUGAAGUUCAUGGUCAAAGAGAUUGUCCGGGAUCUGGAUCAAGACGGCGACAAGAAGCUGACGCUUUCCGAGUUCAUUUCCUUGCCCGUCGGCACCGUGGAGAACCAGCAAGCUCAAGACAUCGACGACGACUGGGUGAGAGACAGGAAGAAGGAGUUUGAGGAAGUCAUCGACGCCAACCAUGACGGCAUCGUCACCAUGGAGGAGUUAGAGGAGUACAUGGACCCCAUGAACGAGUACAACGCCUUGAACGAAGCCAAGCAAAUGAUCGCCGUGGCGGACGAGAACCAGAACCACCACCUGGAGCUGGAGGAGAUCUUGAAAUACAGCGAAUAUUUCACCGGCAGCAAGCUGAUGGACUACGCCCGGAACGUCCACGAGGAAUUCUGAGCUCUCGGCCUCGCGGCAAUCGAUGCACCUUCUUGCUUUCCCAAAAAAAAAAAAAAGAGAACCUGGAAGAGAAUUCCCUUUUGCUGCUAUAUCUGUGUUCUGUGUGUAUAGAGUGUGGUGUUCUAGGCUCUUUAUUUUUUAAAGGAAAGCCGUCCCAUGUACCUGUGUGUAUAUAAGUAUAUAUAUAUAUUAUAUAUAUAUAAACAUAAAA